UACUAGAGGCGGGUGUUUGCAUCACUUCCUGUUAGGCAUCGCCGAUCGCCUUCUCCCUGUAGUCAAUCAGCGGAGGCAGAACCCAUUAUUCUGCGAGCUCUGCCGGCGGUCCCUGCGCACGUAGUAACUUACUGUGUGUGUGUCGGUGUGGCCUGCGGAGUUGCGAGCUGCCGAGCGCCAGGGGUCUGCUGCAGAGGGGGGUAACGCCGCUCGUUGGAGGUACUAGGGUGUCACAGGGGACCAUCUGCAAAGGGCUGCUGUCGUUGUCAUGGCCACCAUUCCGGAGUACUACGCUGGCAAGACUGUGCUCAUCACAGGGGCGACCGGCUUUAUGGGCAAAGUCUUGCUGGAGAAGCUGCUGCGCUCCUGCCCUGAUGUGAAGGCUGCAUAUGUGCUGGUUCGGCAGAAGGCGGGCCAGGCCCCCGGGGAACGAAUUGCCGACAUGGUGAACUGCAAGCUUUUUGACAGGCUGAAAGAAGAGCAGCCAUGUUUUUCCAAGAAAAUCGUGGCCGUAAGCGGUGACCUGACACAGCCAGAGCUGAGUUUGAGCAAAGAGGACCAGGAGAUGCUGGAGGGCAGCGUCAACAUCGUAUUCCACUGUGCUGCCACCGUGAGAUUCAACGAGCCGCUGAAGGAAGCGAUGCUGCUGAACGUACUGGCCACGCAGAAGAUCGUGGCUCUGGCGCAGAGGAUGAAGCAUCUGGAGGUGUUAAUCCACGUGUCCACAGCUUAUGCCAACUGUGACCGAACAGUCAUUGAGGAGAUGGUGUAUCCGCCACCUGUCGACUACAAGAAGCUCAUAGACUCUCUGGAAUGGAUGGAUGAAAAGCUGGUGAGCCUUAUCACGCCAAAGCUCAUAGGUGACAGACCCAACACCUACACAUACACCAAGGCGCUGGCAGAGUACCUCGUCCAGCAGGAGUCAGGGGGUCUCAACGUGGCCAUCAUCCGGCCCUCGAUCGUGGGGGCCAGCUGGCAGGAGCCGUUCCCCGGCUGGAUUGAUAACUUCAAUGGCCCCAGCGGGAUUUUCAUUGCAGCUGGAAAGGGGAUCCUACGUACCAUGAGAGCCUCCAAUGAUGCCGUAGCCGACCUUGUCCCGGUUGACGUGGUCAUCAAUGCCACGCUGGCAGCCGCUUGGUUCUCGGGCUCACAGCGAUUCAGCAGGCCAAAGAAUCUGCUGGUGUAUAACUGCACAACCGGAGGCAUCAACCCCUUCCACUGGGGAGAAGUCGAGUACCAUGUAAUAUCCACUUUCAAGAGGAAGCCCCUGGAGCAGGCUUUCAGGAGGCCUCAUGUUAAUCUCACAUCCAAUCACCUUAUCAAUCAGUACUGGAUAGCUGUGAGUCACAAGGUCCCGGCCUUCCUAUAUGAUCUCUACCUCCGGAUGACGGGAAGAGCGCCCAGGAUGAUGAAGACCAUCACACGACUCCACAAGGCCAUGAUGGUAUUGGAGUAUUUCACCAGCCACUCGUGGACGUGGAACACGGACAACAUGACCAUGCUCCUGAACCAGAUGAGCCCACAGGACCGGAAGAUGUUUAACUUCGAUGUCAGACAGCUGCACUGGGCUGAAUACAUGGAGAGUUACUGCAUGGGGACCAAGAAGUAUGUCCUGAAUGAGGAACUGUCAGGACUGCCGGCGGCCAGGAAGCACCUCAAUAAGCUGAGGAACAUUCGCUAUACGUUCAACACCGUCAUGUUGGUGCUUGUGUGGCGGGUCUUCAUCGCCCGGUCUCAGAUGGCACGCAACAUCUGGUAUUUUGUGGUCAGCCUCUGCUUCAAGUUCUUGUCAUAUUUCAGAGCAUCCAGCACACUGAGGCACUGAGGUUGGGUUUGUUCCCCUGUUCUCCCCCCCCCACCCUGUUGGAUACCUAUGCAUUUGACCCAAUGCUCUAUGAUGCUUGGCCAUCGGAAUUACAGCACGAAAGUCAACAUCCCAUCACCUUCCCAACAGCUGAUUGACCGAUUGGCGAGGAAGUGCCUGCACUUUAUCCCCUGGGGAGAGGGGGGGGAGGGGGGGUUUAAACACAUACCUGGCAAGGCUCAAGGACUUGAUGGCACUUGGCUUCAUGCAUUUGAUUCAGCUACCUUCAUUGUGUUGCUGUAUGUAUAUGUAUAUUAACCCCUUUAUGGGUGGGCUGAUGGCCUACUCCACACAUCAAUGUACCCCUGCUUACCUGAAGGGGGCAUUUUGUCCCCCAACUUUGAGAUAUAGGGGUUGCUGACGGCAAUAAUGACCUUGAGCCUUGCUUAGUUGGAAAGCCCUCUUACAACCCGUGCCUAGAUCCCCAGAUCCUCGCGGUAUGGUUUGCACUUAUUGUUACUUUCGACAUCUUGCCCAGUUACUUUUGAGGAGCUAGUCUUUAAACCAAAGCCAUUUUCUGCCCUCUAGGUUUAGACUAAACCCUGACUAGGUCCUUGUCUUGGUUUUCUUUCCUUCGAUCUCCAUGCUCGUGAUGAGGUAAUCGGAGGUUGAAUGAUACCUAACGCCAGAGUUUGGCCUUGGCGAGCUAACAUGCUAGGGGAACAUGAUCGCUUGGUUUCUCCAGCUUUGCAUCCCUUUAACUUUCCCAGCUCUCCCUGAUGUAAACGCUGUCAGUGGUGGAGUGAAUGCUUGUGUUCACCGUUCUAGCCAAUGUUCAAUUUCGGGGGUCAUGAACUUGGCCCCCAUGGGGACUCUUUAUGACAGGAAUCUCCUCCGCUACGCUCAUGGCCAGAGCUGUUUUGGAUGCGACAAUAAACAAUCUGAUACGUGCCUGGAUUUACAACAUCCAACAGAAUGUGAAAGUACUUCGGUCUUUUCUAUUUUGUGUACAUCUAUUUAGCUACAAUAUAACAUGCUGGGGGUUAACUUUUAUGCUUAAAUGUAAUUUAUUUAGAAAAAUGAGAGCUUGAAAUAAUGAAUCAGAGAACCAGCUUCAGCUACUGUAUAUCCAGAUAUCUUGGUGCCCCGGGCGUGUUGCACUGAGAAAGCAUGCUGUUGGAUGGCUUCACAACGGAGCAGCUCAUACCUGUGUAAAAUGUUGGAAAACAAACAAACAUGUCCCUAGGCUGGAGUACCUCAGAGAGGCCCCAGCCUGAUUGCCUGGUUCUUCAGGAACCCAGCUAGCAACUAUUUUUGAGGAGACCUGAGGCCUCGCUGCAUUUAGAAAAUGUUUCUGCUGACAAGUGUGUUGACAUUGCCCUAGACAUACUUGCUCUAAUGACACUAACAAGCUGUGAUCAUUUUGGGGAAAUUAACUAGCAUUGAUUUUUGAAAUGGGUUUUCUUUGUCACAAAGGUCUGAUUCUGGGACAAUCAUUACUUUUUCUUUUGAUUUGCCUUAAUGUUGAGGUACAUUUCUUCCAGAAUGGCAUUGUACACUUCAGGGUGUCCCCUGUUCCACGUACAUGUAACGUCCCUGUGAAACUACUGCCAUUCUUGUUGCACAGAAUAAGGCUCUAUCAUUUUCAGUUUGGAUAACUGCCUCUGUCUCUCUCUUUCAUUGGAAUAAAUUGGUGCCUUUGUAAAUCAAUAAAAAUGAAUUAUAUACAA